AUGCUUGAAGCAUCCAUCCCCCCUAACCUUGUGCAGGAGCGGACGAGGCCGGUGAGCACACCCGCAAACCAUGAACCGCCGUUUCCAGCCUACACAUCGCGCUUCCCAGAGCACACCAAGGACCUUGUGAUGGCCAUCAUAGGUGCACAGUAUGCGUCGGCUGCAGACAACGACGGAGCUGCAAUCUCCAAGAUCCUAGAAUUCAUCAAAAGUUCACCGGAUAUAGCAACGCGGCCAUCGUUCUGGGAGCUGAUAUCGGUAACUGACCCGGGCGGGUCGUAUAACCUUGCCGCUAUUGCAUACUGGCCUAGCAGGGAAUCAUACGAGAAAUGGGGCGUUGCCAGCGGCUUUUCUGAAUGGUGGGAGCGGCUCGACGUUGAGAGCGAGCGCCAUGGCUGGUUUUUGGAAGAGUUUUCCCCAACGAUAGAUCGGCUCGAGACGGUCUUCUCUGGCAACGAGAUCCUUGAAGGGGCCGCACAUAUGCAAGAGAAAUGGAGCGGCCCAAUCCAGGAACAUGUGUAUUGGGGUAGUAUGCGAGACCGGUUUCCCGUGGCCCAAACGGAUGCCAUCACAGGAGAUACCAGCCAUAAUGUUGCCAACAAGGCUGGCGUUACGUUGCGCCGUCGAAUUCGUGUACCUGGAAAGCAAAACCUGGCUAUCAUUCGGUCAGGCCAGGACUGGUCUAACACGUACCCUGAAGAGCGCAAAUUGUAUCUAGGAACCAUGCAUCCAGUCCUCACCAAGGGUAUGGAUUUCCUCCGUGACCAUGGCGAGGACGUCGGGUGCUAUAGUUGCCGACUCAUGGAUGUCGUAGACACUGAUACCUUCAAAGCCGACAAGGAUCGAACAUUCGGGCUGGCCUACUUCAACGAUCUCAGCUCUCUAGAGGGAUGGAGCAAGCAGCACAAGACGCAUCUCGCCAUCUUUGGUGGGUUUCUGCAGUACGCGAAGAAGUUGGAGAACAACAUUUCCUUGCGUCUGUUUCAUGAAGUGCUCGUGUUGAAGCCGGAGCAGCAAUUCUUCGAGUAUCUGGGGUGCCAUGAAAACUUCGGAAUGCUUGUUUCUCUCUGA